CGCGACGACGCGACGACGCGAGAUUCGAAACGCGGGGGGUUUGAGCGAGGAGAGAGGGUACGAAGAUGAGCCGUGAGAUCUGCAAGUACUACAUGCACGGGGCGUGCAACAAGGGCGCCGCGUGCCGGUUCAGCCACGACAUUCAAGCGCCCAAGUCGACGGUGUGCACCUACUACCUCGCGGGCAACUGCUCGUACGGGGAUAAGUGCAGGUACGAUCACGUGCGACCCGCGGGAAUCCAGGGCCCACCCGCGGGCCUGAACCGACCGGCGCCGCCCAUGACCGUGCCCCGCCCCAACGUGGGAGGCAACAUCAGCGCGGGCGCGCGAGAGUUCGUCCCCCUGAACGCCAUGAUGGGAGGCAUGAGCGUCGGAGGGGCCAGGCCCUAUCACCCUUCCGCGCAGGCUCCCGCGUGGCAGCCGGCGCCCCCCGGGGGCGCGUACCCUCCACAGGGCGGCGGCGACGAGCAGGAUGACUGGGGAUACGAGGACGAGGACGGCAACUGGGUGUCCUUCAACGAGGGUUCCGGCAAGGAGGAGGUCGAGUUUCUCAAGAGCCAGCUGCCGAGCGAGGACGACUUUCUCGACGGCCUGGGCGCGGACACCGGGCCUCACCGCGAGGAACAGGACGGCGGCGGCGACGAGUGGGGUUACUACGACGACGCCGGCAACUGGGUCGGAUUCGGCGGAGAGGUUGAUUCUUAUCUGCACGCGCAGCAGGGAGGAGCAUACGGCGGACAGGUCAGAUGAGCGCCGUCUCGCGCCUAACCCAAACGACACUCGUCCGCGGCUGUUGUACCACUUGACACGAUUCGUUUCAAAAACCAUUAUUUUUCUCCACCCGAAACUUCAACGUCAAAGAGGCCGUCGACUGGACGAGUUCCUUUCGGGGGCCUCCGUGACGUCUGGCUGGGGCAAUAAGACGCGAGCGAGAACCACCCGUUCGUGCCCCCUAGCUAGAAGUGUACACCACACAUUUGUAAUCCAUGAAACCCUUCUAUG